CGACAAUACAUAAUUUUUUUUCACCACACAUUGCUUUAUACUCUUCAACUAGAAGUAUACGACUAGCAGUUCAAAUUUACAGGUCCUGAAGAAGCAAUUGCCGGCAAAAAUGGAUGCUGAUGAUAUCGUCAUCAUGGAAAAUUCUCUGAGAUAUUUAAGCCGGAAUCUUAUUUUUCCAAGGAAAAAAGAUGUGAACAAACCAGGGGUCAUUUUUCAUUUGAAAUUCAUUGCUCUCAAUUUGUCCACUGUGAUGUUCUUGACUGGAAAUAUCUUGCAUCUUACGAUAAAUAUAAAACGAAAAACUUACAUUAACCUGGAUCUAGACCUCGCCUUGGCUAUAUCUUUACUUGGAUCCUACUAUUUCAACUUCUCCUAUAUAAGGCAAGUUAAGAACACCAUAAAUAUAUACAAACAGUUAUCUGACCUGCGGAGUUAUGGAAUUCCAAAGGACUUUUACGCCACGAACAAAAAAUUGAACAAUUAUUCAAAAUGCCACUACAUCUACAUCGUCUGUGCCGUCUUGGGACUGUCGGUAGCUCCGUUACUGGAAUACAAGAAAUGCCAAAAGGAAAACAUCGUGAAGAACAUAAACGAAAUAUGCGGUCUGAUAGGAAGCAUAUGGUUGCCCAUAGAUUUAGACAGUAUUCCCUAUAAGCAAAUGUAUUACAUUUUUCAAGUGUAUUCGUCGUUUGUGAUAUAUCAGACAUCUUCGUUGAUAUCAUUCUCUAUAAUGGAAACCGCGGAACACCUUAUUCUUAGAUUAAAUCAUGUAAAGGAUGGUUUUUUGGACGCACUGAUGGAAAGAGAGCACGGGGUGAGAAGGGAAAAGUUUAGCAGGGCUGUAAAGUACCAUGUCAACAUUAUAAGGAUUUCGAAGCUGUUAAAUACUUCUGUCAGCACGAUCAUGUUUGGGCACGUUCUUCUGACUGGGGCUAUUUUAGGUUGCAUAGAAUACAGACUUUUGAAGAGUUACUCACUUGGAGCAAUAUGCUUAUUUGUGGGUUGGUUAAUUUCCAUGAGUAUGGUUUGCAUUGGUGGACAAAGACUGAGGGACCAAAGUGUAUCUAUUGGAGAUGCUAUCUGCAGAUCAAAUUGGUUUGACGUAAAUAAAGAGUUGCAGAGAGACCUCGUGCUAGUUAUUCUAAGAUGCCAAAAACCCAUUUUUAUAGAUGCCGGUCCUUUUGGUUACAUGACUUAUGCGAUGAUAUUAACGGUACUAAAGACGUCUUACUCGUAUUUAACACUUCUCAGCAGCACUUCUUAAAGUAAUAAUGGUCAUUACAGCCAGCAAUUAAACUGUCGGUUUCGACAACGUAGUA